GGCCACCCGGAGCUGGACAGCCUGCGUGGAAACUACUACCAGUGGUUAACGGAGACGGGUCAGGACGAGAAGGCGGGGGAGGUGAAGGAGAGCGAGGCAGACUUCCAGGGAGCCAUCAACCUCUACCUGAAGGCCGGACUCCCUGCUAAAGCCGCCCGUCUGGCCAUCAGCCGCCCGGAGAUCAACAGUAACAACGACACGGUCAGCCGCAUCGCAGCCAGCCUCAUCAAGGGAGAGUUCUACGAGAGAGCAGGAGAUCUAUAUGAGAAGAUCAGAAACAACCAGAGAGCGUUGGAGUGCUACGUCAAAGGAGAGGCCUUCAGGAAAGCGGUGGAGCUGGCUCGCCUCGCCUUCCCUGCUGAGGUGGUGAAACUGGAGGAGAACUGGGGAGAUUACCUCGUCCAGCAGAAGCAGAUGGACGCCGCCAUCAACCACUUCAUUGAAGCAGGUUGCUCGCUGAAAGCCAUCGAGGCGGCCAUCGCAGCUCGUCAGUGGAAGAAAGCCGUCCACAUCCUGGAGCUACAGGAGGAUCCAUCUGCAGGGAAAUACUACGUGAAGAUAGCUCAGUACUACGCCUCCAUGCAGGAGUAUGAGGUGGCAGAGCAGCUGUUUGUGAAAGGAGGUCACAUCAAAGACGCUAUAGACAUGUUCACCACUGCAGGGCGCUGGGAGGAGGCUCAUAAGUUGGCGGUGACGUGCAUGACGGAGGAGGAGGUGAUGGCUCUGUACAUCAGCAGAGCUCAGGAGCUGGAGAGGGAUCUGAAGUUCAAGGAGGCCGAGAGGUUGUUUGCCACAGUGAAGCAGCCUGACCUGGCCAUCACCAUGUACAAGAAGAACCGGAUGUUUGACGAUGUGAUCCGCCUCGUGGCCAAACAUCACCCCGACCUGCUGACAGAGACUCACCUGCACCUGGCCAAGGAGAUGGAGGCAGAGUCCAGGUUCUCCGAGGCAGAGUAUCACUUCAUGGCGGCUGAAGAGUGGAAAGCUGCUGUCCACAUGUACCGAGUCAACGAUAUGUGGGAGGAAGCUUACAGGGUGGCAAAGAGCCACGGGGGUCCUGCAGCCCAGAAGCAGGUGGCCUACCUGUGGGCCCGCAGCCUCGGGGGGGAGGCGGCCGUCAAACUGCUCAACAAGUUCAACCUGCUGGAGUACGCCAUCGAGUUCGCUGCCAAUAACUUCUCAUUUGACUUUGCCUUUGAUUUGGCUCGUGCUUCAUGUAAAGAAAAGAUUCCUGAGAUCCACCUCAAACAUGCUAUAUACCUGGAGGAUGAGGGCAAGUUUGCUGAGGCCGAGUUCGAGUUCAUCAAAGCCGGAAAACCCAAAGAAGCCGUGUUCAUGUAUGUACACAACAAGGACUGGGCGAGUGCUCAGCGAGUGGCGGAGGGACACGAUCCAGACAGCGUGUCGGAGGUUCUGGUCGGACAAGCCAAGUUCUGCUUUGAGCAGAAAGAUUUCCAGAAGGCCGAAGCUUUCCUGCUCCGAGCUCAGAGACCAGAACUCGCUGUCAAAUAUUACAAGGAUGCAGACAUGUGGAGUGAUGCCAUGCGUAUCUGUAAGGAAUAUAUCCCCAACAAACUCUCCCUGCUGCAAGAAGAGUACGAGAGUGAGACCUCCAAGAAGGGAAUCGGGGGUGUAGAGGGUCUGCUGGAGCAGGCGAAGGAGUGGGAGCAGUCGGGGGAACACGCCCGUGCCGUGGAGAGCUAUCUGAAGGUGAAGGACGACUCCAACACCGCCUUGAUGGAGAAGUGCUGGAUGAAGGCAGCAGAGCUGUCCAUCAAGUUCCUGAGUGCAGAUCGAGCGGAGGAGGUCGUCCAGUUGGUCGGACCUCGACUCACAAAGCUGAUGAAGUACAAUGCUGCUGCUGAGCUCUACCUGAACAUGAACCUGAUCAAAGAGGCCAUCGAUGUGUUUAUUGAAGGAGAGGAGUGGAACAAAGCCAAGAGGGUCGCCAAGGAGCUGGAGCCCAGGUACGAGGAUUAUGUGGACCAGAAAUAUAAAGAGCACCUGAAGAACCAAGGCAAAGCUGACUCU